AUGCUUGACAUCACAUUACAUCGCUACCAACCAAGCAAUAAUUUAAAUGGUGAUUCAUCUGUAUCUUUGCUUCAACAAGUAAUUCAUGAACGUAAUUUGUUAAAGUCGCAAAACGAUCAAUUAUGGAAACUCGUUGAAAAACAAAAGGUUACAAUAAAGAAUCUACAACUAGAUAAUCAAAAAUUAAUUAGUGUUAGAGAUAAACUUGUAACAAAACUUAAAAACAUUGAUACACUUAAAGUCAGAACCAUAUCAAAUCAAAUACAUCCACAACCUCAACAAGCACAAUCUCAACAAUCACAAAAUGUUAAACAAAAUGACAAUGAUAGUCAACAACAUCGACACCCUCAAUCAAAUUCUUCUAUACAAAUACUUCUUCCCUACCAGCCUAUUCAUAACGAUUCCAUAAGUUCUAUACUUUCGAGUUCUUUCACGAAUUCAGGAACUUCUGUUAAUGCUCUAGCAGGUAACUAUUCCGACCUAGAAUCACCUAAUACUUCUAAUGCUACAGUUAAAGAUGAUAACAACAACAACAAUAAUUCAAAGACACUUAAUGAUGAGCAUGAUUCACUAAUAUUAAAUCCACCAAACGUAAAUAAUAAUCAAAAAUUAGAUGUUUCUUUAAAUGAUAAUACUAUAUCAACUACUUCAAUGUCCACUGGCAAUAAAUCUUCUCCCAGCCCUAUAAUUCCUCCUAAAUCCUCUCAACGUCAAAGUUCAAUCAGAAUUAGUAAUAAUCUUAUUCUAAAUUCCCCUUCUCAAAAACCUGACAGUUUUAAUAAUGAUAAUAACCAUGAAUUCCAAAACGAUAAUAAUUCUCCACAUAACCGUCCUCUUUCACCAUCAAAUUCAAUAAUGUCAGUUAACUCGGCUAAAAGUUAUCACAAUAAUGUUAAUGCUCAAUCUAUUAAUGUUGAAUCAGAUAUUAAUGAUCCCGAUCCACUUGGUCAAUUUCCACAACCUACUCAUAGAGAUCCGCCUGAAAAUCUCGAUGAAAAUGAAUCAUCGGUAUCCUCUUCACCUACUUCAUCUGUCAUAUCGUCAUCUUCAUUUACUAAAAAUAACAACUCACUUAAUGUGCCCGAACCUCUCGGCUUACUAGCUAAUAAAAAUCAACUAACUCCGCCGCAUUCUCCCGGACUACCUAGCUCUCCUAAAGCUUUCCUACAUCAUAAUUUAUCAAACACUAGUAUUAAUAGUAUGAAUAAUGAUAAUCCAAAUCCCAGCCACCAAAACAUUUAUCAAAUGAAACAACCGUCUGUCAAAUCUCAAUCGAACUCAUCUAAAUAUUUUCGUAUUCAUAGCGAUUCUAAUGAAAAUAAUAGAGCUCUUAAAACUAGUAAAUCGUUUGAUCGUUACGAAUCAAAUAAUCAUCGCUUAUUAAAUAAGAAUAGUAACGGCUCAUUAUAUAUUCCUCCCAGAAAUCAAGAAAAUAGUAAUAAUGUGGUCAUAUCUCCUCCUAGUAAUAAAAAUAACACAGAGAAUAGCUCUUCACCUGAACGUGUAAUGCAAACUUCUUUGUUAUUAGGCGAUUCUAUAUCUGGUAUUACUGUUAAAGUGAUUGGAAGUAACAAAAAAAUAAAUGAUAAGGGUAAAGAAGUUUUAGCGUUUGUAAUAGUUGUUGGUAAAUCAAAGGUAGUGGAUGCUGUAGUUGUUGGUAUGGAGAAAGAAUUAUGGAGGAUUGAAAAGUUAUAUUCCGAUUUCUUGGGAUUGGAUAGUAAGUUAAAACAAAAGCAGCUCAAAAGUGUUGUAAAUAAAAUUGGUAAAUUACCCGAUAAAACUCUUUUUCACAAUAAUUCACCAAGUAAAGCUGAUCAAAGAAAGUUGGCUUUGGAACACUAUUUACUACAUGCAAUUUCUUUAAAUUUAAACGAUUCUAAAGAUUUGUAUGAGUUUCUAAGUUCAGAUGUUGUUGAGCCAGAUGACAAAGAUGAUCAGUUACGUGGUCGUAAAGAAGGUUAUCUUACCAAGAAAGGCAAAAGUUUUGGUGGUUGGAAAACUAGAUAUUUUGUUUUAGAUGGUCCACUUUUGGAAUAUUAUGAAAGUAAAGAUGGUAGCCAACUUGGGUUCAUUCGUAUAACAAAUGCACAAAUUGGCAGACAAAGUAAUGUAAAUAACGAUUCAGACAAAGAUAGCGAAAACUCUUACAGACAUGCCUUUCUAAUCUUAGAAUCAAAACUCAAUUCCAAGAAUGCACAAACAAGACAUGUUUUAUGUGCAGAAAGCGAUUCUGAUAGAGACGACAGGUUUCUGAAAGAAAGUAUUUCCAAAAUUGAUGCACAACCUAUUUCUCAACUUGAUAGAAAUGAACAAACUGAUAAACUUAUUGCUACUGAUGUUGUUUUACAACAAGCUCAAAAAGAUUUACAAUCAAAAAAUAAUAACAACAGUAACAAUAAUGUUAAUAACAAUAGUAAUAAUACCGGGCAUAAUUUAAUAUCUCCAAGAGAUGAUUCAGAAAAGAUUAAAGGUAGUACACUUGAACCAAAAGAUCCUUUGCCUCUUGGUAAUAGCACAACACAUUUACACAAGCAAUUAAGCCUUAGAAGAGAUCGUCACAAUGAUGAACAUAAAAAAGCAGUAAGAAAAACUUUUUUUGGUAGUAUGUUUGGUAGUAAAGAUGAUAAAAAGAAAUAUCAAGAUCCGAAACCAGAUUCUAAUAAAGUUGUAUUUGGAGUUUCACUUGAUCAGGCUAUUGCCGUCUCAAGAAUAAAAGAAAAUUAUGAGCUACCAGCUGUCGUUUAUCGUUGCAUUGAAUACUUGGAUGCUAAUAAUGCAGCUGAAGAAGAAGGUAUAUAUCGAUUAAAUGGGGCAACUGCCACUAUAAAAAGGUUAAAGGAACGAUUCAAUACAGAGGGCGAUGUUGAUUUAUUGAGUGAAGAAGAAUAUUAUGAUGUGCAUGCAGUGGCUGGCUUGUUGAAACUCUAUCUUAGAGAAUUACCAACCAGUGUAUUAAGCAGAGACUUACAUUUGGAAUUUGUAAACGUUAUUGAUUUACUUGGUAGAAAAGAUCGUAUAAACGAACUUGGUCGACUAGUGUCUGCAUUACCAUUAUCCAACUAUACACUGUUAAGAACAUUGACAGGACAUUUAAUAAGAAUUGUUCAAAAUGCACAAAUCAACAAAAUGACUGCAAGAAACAUUGGAAUAGUUUUUUCGCCUACGCUUGGUAUACCAGCUAGCGUGUUCAGUUUAUUCAUGGCAGAAUUUGACUACAUAUUCUUUACUAAUAGUGAUGGUGUUGCAGCACCAAGAACAAUGGACGCAUCGUCGGAAGAACCUGAUGUUUCAAAGAAUUCUCCAGUCGCACUAUUACCUGUAACAGCUGUUCGUCGUAUUGACAUUCGUGAUGAACUCACAGGUAGAAAUAAUCGCAACAGUGUACAUUACAUGGAUAGUGCACCUGAGAAAGUUGUGGGUUUAGAAAAAAGAAUGACAGACGAAACAACAACACAAUCAGUACCAACAUCACCAAGGCUACAUACAACACAACUCCCCACAAUGAAUUCCAUACCAACAUCAAGUGAUUUAACAAAAUCGAACGACACAAUGGAUUCGAUGCCUGGAGUAUUUUCUGAACAUCAAAAACAAGAUUACGAGAAUGAAAAUAUUAGUUUACCAACUACUAUUUUUCAAAGACUUUAG